AUGAGCGAUUCAGAUGACUUUGAAACACUUCCCAUGCGCUCAUCCAACUCUACUGCAGCCAGUAAAAGAUUACGAAGUUCAGGACGACAGCAAACCCAAGAAUUAAAACCUUCAAGAACAGGUCGGACAAGAUCCACUCUAUCGCAACCCACAAGGAAACUAGUUUCUGUUACAUUGAAAGAGUCAAGCCAGUCAUGUAUUAUAUCAGAAACACAACCCAUCGAGUUGGAUAAAACCAAUUCGUCAUCUCAAGCGAAUGCAUUACACACUCAUAUCGAGCCUUUACUUUCAUUGCCUCGACCUGUUGUUUCGGAUACUCUCAACGAACCAUUGUCAGUAUUAAAGCAUGUCACUGAACCAAUGAAUACAGAACUAUCGUGCCCAAUUUGUGCAGUUCCUGCUCAUCGUAUUGAUGGAAUGUCUUUGGAAAUGCAUGUGAAUCAAUGUCUUGAUUCGACAGUCACUUCAAGGCCAAAUGAUUCGCAAUCACUGCACAACAGUCAACCCACUGUACAAAUCCUUUCAACACAACCAUCACAGGCUUUAAAAAGUCAUCAAAAAGUCAAUCAGGAUGAUCAGGCAGUUGCUUCAACAUCUAAUUCAAAUAAACUAUUUUACUGUCCAGUAUGUACCGUGAAUUUAUCAGGCUUGUCAUCAGACCAGCGUGAACGUCAUACCAAUACAUGUUUGGAUAAAUCAGCUGCUUUAUCAGAAAUACAGGCAAAUGAAGUCGAACAGGAACCACAAAAUCAAUCGAUUCUUUCAACGCUUGAUUCUGAAUCGGCUAAACUCUUGGAUUUAUCAUCUUGUUUGUUCUGCACACAAGACUGGUGCUCUAAAACAUCAUUUCCAAUUCGUGCUCGAAUAUCCCAUAUCAAAACAUGUGCAAAACUCCAAGGCAUUUCUCCAAAAACUAUUUUGAAAUCGAUUAAACAUGGAAAACGGGUUUUCCCCGAAUCGUUGGAUCGGUUUUUGCUAUCCGAUUCUACACACGGUUUGUCUGAAUCUCGAGAUAAAAAUAGUGUAGGAUUAUCACAACCGGAUACGUUGACUCCUGUAGCAAAUAGUCUAUCUAAACGCUCUAGGUCGCAAUCAGCUACAAAAGUUUUUUCGUUUUAUACUGGAUCAGAGUUUGACUAUGCGGACUAUACAGACAUUCAAAACAUGUACGAGCAAGAUGAUUUUGAGCCAAAGCGGGUUCAUAUCAAUGUGGAUAGCUUAGUAAAAGGUAAGAAAAAAAUGCAAAAGGCUUUGGAUAAGCAAGAUAUCGAACUCCAGACUGCAUUGGCAAUGUCCGCAUCUGCAAAGGACACCCACGAUCAGGAACAGCGUCUUAUGUUACAAUAUGGUGGAUGCACAGUUUUAAAAUCAAACGCAACCCAUAGUGCAAAACACCGAUCAAAACGUGUGCUGGUCAUGUCAAAACUUUUAACUGCUGAAGAGGCUCAAGCAAAAAUGGAGUUGCGUAGAGUUGCUAUUCUGCGUUCUUCAACCCGUCGCGAUCAUUCGACUACUAGCAUAAAUGACCCAUUUCCAACAUCAUCCACUCAUAUUCCGUCGGAUUCUAAUACAACUCCAGACUUGUUGUUGAGAAUAGUUUCAGAUUGUUUAGAAAAAGAGUCUGAUGUAGUGGGUAGUGAAUCGGACUCGGACACGACAGUUACUCAAGCAAAUCAUCCGGCAUAUAAACCAACGCCUUUACUGUGGCAUGUUGCACACACUAGCCAAUCUGUUGCGGAUACUCCAUGUCUAGCACCGUAUAAAUCUAUAACUGAUUAUAAUGAUGAUUUGUGCUUGGACAAUGUAUCUAAUUUUGUAGCAUCAAGUGAUAAUAACGCAAACACCAAAAAACGUUUGGUUUCUGAUACCACUGACGCCCACGUGGAUGAAACCGAGUUACUACCGUCAAAACGUCAAUCACUUUGUUCGAAUCCAUCCAACACUACCUUGAAAGUAAUGCAUCACCAAUCCGCAGAAAAGCAAGUAUUGAAAUCUGCUGAAUCGGAAAUUACUACAGUCGAUCAUCACAGGAUUGUGCAGUUAAAACACCAAUGCCAGGAAGAGAUUGCAGCUAAAAGAUUACAAGCCGACAAAGAAAUAGAAGCUAUUGAAAAAGAAUUUGAAUCUUGGUCUAACCAGCGCACCAUAGAGCUGCAAAAUCAGAUAACAGAUCUUGAACAGGCACACGACACACCUUCAUAUUUUCCUUCAGACAAAACUGAUCAAAGAAGCAAUACUUUUGAAACAUUAACUCCUACUCUGUUUGAUAGAGAUAUGGUUGUCGAUGAUAUACCAAAACUACAGCCGAAUCGCUCUGCUAGUUUAUCUCAGAACAUUGAUCUAACUCAGUCUUUUGUUUCUAUUGCAGCCGAUCCUGUUGAGGCUACUGCUCCUAUUGUUUUGACUGAUGAUGAUGUGAUUUUUUCAGAUGCACGUCUGCCGUUGGAAAACAAUAUGGAUAUAGCAUCACCCAGAUUAUCCAAUUGUGCAUAUUCACAGUGCAAUGAGGAUUUAAAUCCAGGAUCUCCAUUAGUAUGUGCUUUAUCUGAACCUUAUACCAUUUCAUCUCCAGAUUCUCCUACGCUGCUAUCCAUCUCUCCAUUUACAUCCAUUCAUACCUCUCGUUUGGCAUCAGCAGAUACUACUUUUCGUGAAAAUGAUUUUUCUGAAAACCUAGCUUCUAUUGCUGUUUUACCCGAACCGGCGCAUAUCUCUACACAACUCACCGAGUUAAAUACUACACAGACGUCUUCAAGACCUUACGUCAUUAGCAGCCCAAGCAGCCAUGAUCCAUCUCAGAAUCUAUCAUUGGGACUUUUAACCCAAACAGAAAUCAGAGCUCCCGUUGAAAUCGUUUCUGUAGAUAGCGAUCACGACACUAGUUUAAACCACGAUUCUGAAGAAGAUGCUUACGUUGUGGUGCAGCCUGUUCGACAAAACAUAGAGACGUGUCAACGGCCACGUAGUAUCUCCAAAACAUGUGGUUCGGGAAGUCAGUCCAACCCUGGCUUGUCAAGUGCAAGAUCUAAUACACUGUUUGCAUCGGUCAGAUCUGAAUUCAGUACAGAGAACAGACUUUCACCAGCCGUUGCAUCAACUUCUGGAUUGAUCUCAGCUUCACGGGUUAGUUCUACUACAGCACCAGUUGUACAUACUGAUUCUGCACAUUCAACUCGAACAGCUCAAACAAGACGACACGCUCAUACUGUUCCACCCAUUGUGCAACAUACUGCCACAAAUCAAUCCGAAAACACAAUGUCCUCAUUAUCUGAAUCAGAAAUGGACGACCUUAAUAUACAUUUUACAUCACCUCAUUUAAAACGAACAGCAAUAGAUAAAUGUCACAAAUUGAUUUCCGAAUACAUCAGAAACGAUGCAACCUUGCACCAGCGUGUACUCCUUUUUGAGGUAUACAUUUAA